UUGAACGGCACGCGCUAACCGAGUGCAGCGCACGCGUCGAACGAAAUACAAAUAAAAUAAUAUCGGGUGUAACACAAGGGUGCAUCCUUAGACCAGUGUUAUUAAAAGUAAAUAUUUUAAAUCAGAGUAACAAAUAUACAUCUGUUGUUUGUAAAAGUGAAGUAUUUUAUGGUACGGCACAUGAGAUGCUGAUCGUGCGAUAUCUUCAUAUUAUUAUCAAUAUAAUGAAAAUGAACGUGAAGUGAUAAUUUCGAACGAGAAACAAGUGAUAUCUCGAUUGAUUGUUUAACGAUACUGACUAUAAAUUUGUGUAUAUGUGUGAGAAAACGAGUUUGAGUGUAGUUGGGAAGAUGACAAACCUGAAUCCUGAGACCAGGAUCAUGAUGUUGAGGUCCACGGACGGGAGAGCCAACUGUCGAAGACAGAUUCUGGCGGCUCUCGCUGUCUCGCUCGGCCCGUUCGCUGCUGGUCUCAGUAAGGGUUACAUGUCGCCAGCAUUGCCGUCGAUGCAAGAAUCAAGGUUACAAGAUGGUUUCCCUGUUACUGAUCAGCAAGCCAGUUGGAUAGCCAGUUUAAGUUUAUUGGGUGCAUUAGUGGGUGGUAUUUUGGGAGGCAUGGCGAUGAGAUUCGGCCGUAAGAGAGUUCUGCUGGUGGCCGCUCUACCUUACACCCUGGCAUGGCUGGCGACUUCACUGUCCACCAGCGUGGAAAUGCUGGCCACCACCUCGUUCUGCGCCGGCAUGCUGGUCUGCUGCAUCACCAUGAUAACACAGGUGUAUGUAACAGAGAUCGCCGUACCAGAUAUAAGAGGAUGCCUAAGCUCCGUAUUAAAAAUCUUAAGCCAGAUCGGUAUUCUUAUAUCAUUCUCUCUUGGAGCCUAUUUAAAUUGGUCACAACUUGCUCUGGUCGUUGCUGUAGCACCAAUACUUCUAUUCUUUGCUCUCCUUUUUGUACCUGAAACUCCAUCUUGUUUAUUACUACGAGGAAAGGAACAGGAAGCGGAAAGAUCACUACAAUGGCUUCGAGGUCCAGACGCCGACAUCCGUCAAGAAUUAGCAACGAUACGUACGAAUAUUUUAGCUAGCAAACAAUACCAUGAUGGUGACACAGGAAGAUUUAAGGUCUUGUUCUCUAAAAGGUUAACUAGACCAGUAUUGAUUACUUGUGGUCUCAUGUUCUUCCAAAGAUUCACUGGAGCGCAUGUAUUUAAUUUUUAUGCGGUAUCUAUGUUUAAACAGACCUUUAGGAUGAUGAAUCCGCAUGGAGGUGCUAUUGCAACUAGUGUAGUCCAACUGUUAGCAUCUUGCUUAUCAGGAAUGCUUAUAGACAAUGUUGGAAGAUUACCUCUCUUGAUGAUCAGUGGCGUUAUGAUGUCCAUAGCUUUAGCUGGAUUUGGUUCAUACGCUUAUUAUGACGAAGUGAUUAGUAAUUCAACAAAUUUAACACAUUCUGACUGGACUAUGACUGGCAAUUAUGACUGGAUACCUCUUGUUUGCGUUCUUACAUUUACCAUCGCAUUUUCAUUAGGUAUCAGCCCUAUAUCUGCUUUAUUAAUAGGAGAAUUGUUUCCAUUAGAAUACCGAAGUACAGGCAGUGCUUUAGCUACAAGUUUCAGCCAUCUUUGUGGAUUUGUUAACGUUAAAACUGUAGCAGAUUUCCGAGGUCAUAUAGGUUUACAUGGUUUAUUUUGGAUGUACGCUGGAAUAUCUGUUUUAUGUCUGUUGUUUGUACUAUUAUUCGUUCCUGAGACAAAGGGCCGUGAGAUUGAUGAAAUGGAUCCAAAAUAUGUGGAAUCAUUAUGUAUUAAUCGAUAGUAAUAUUUGUGUCUAUUAUAGGUAUAGUGCAAUGAUAACGUACAACUGCUAAAAGUCCAGUAUUAUUGUAAAUAAUAUACCCGGAAACGUCUUCUUUUAGCUGGCAUUUGUCCUUAACUGUAAUGACAGUUACUUGGGGCAGAAACUCUUCAUUUUCUAGUCUUGAGACUUUGCGAGGUGCAUCUGUAGAAACGUAUUACGUUCAAACUUGAUAUUGAAUCGAUAUAUUGAAUGUUUUACAUAUUCAUGAAUAAUAUUUAACGUAAACUCAUGUGACAGGAUUUAAAAUAACGAUUUCUUAAUUUUUUUAGUACAAUGACGUUCAAACGUAACCUCAAUUAGAGAUUCUUUUAAAAGCUUUCUUAGAUUUAACUAAAGCAUUUAGAGUCUGUAAUAUGUUAGAUUAUAAAAAUAGAUAGUUAAUCUAUUUUUUUUUAUACAAGGCUUUUAAUUAAUGUUAUAAUAUUAUUAUUCACUUGAAUUUAUAUAAUUAUUUUUCAAUACCAUGUUAGCACAAUUUAAGCUCCUCUUAGUUAGUGGCUGGAUGGAGCCGUGUUAAUAGUGUAAGAUAAUUUUAUUUAUUUCAAUGAAUACUAAUAUUACCAUUUAUCUGCAUUCUAGUAGAGAUGCUGUUUUGAUUGAUAUUAAGUGUUACAAUGUAGCCUAAAUUUAAGUUCCUUCGUCAUCACAAGAUGUAUCUGUUCCUUCAUUAGUAUUAUACUAUUUUUAAUUAUUUUAAAUGUGAGGAAAUAUGAAUUCUAUUCUGUUGGCACUCAGGCAUAGAUUACAUUGUCGAAUGUAUAGGAUUAUAUGUUAAUUUUUGUGUCAAAUACUGCCAACUGAAACCUGACUAAAUUAUUUCUAAAUUUACAACAUAUAUUUGAUUGAUAUGAGAAACAAGCCAAAAUUAAAUACAUAUGUAUUAUAGAUAUGUAUAUUUAUGAGAAAUAUUUUUCACAUAUAACUAGACUGGUACAGAAAGUAAUUACAACUUACAUUCAUAUGUAAUUAAUUUCCAUUGCCAGUUCUUACUUUUGACACUUUCACUUUGAACAUAUUUUUUUAUCAGUCU